AUGCCCAAUGAAAAUUCUUAUUACAGAUAUGAUCCAUUAGUUCAUGUCUCCUUAAGCUCAUCCCCAAUGAAGGAGCUUUAUGGACAUCAUGAUUUUCAUUUUGAUCUUCCAAACAUGGAUCAAUCAAUAAUAAUAAAUUUCCUCAAUAAUAAUGGAAAUGCUAACUGUUAUCCAAUCGGAUUUCUCAAGCUCAAUACAAACAGCUUAAGAAUCGGUGAUGUUGUUGAUAAUUGGUAUCCUUUAACUCCAGCCAAUGAACAAAAAUAUGCUGGCGAAGUUCAUUUGAAACUCCAAGUCGCCCCAACAGGACAUCCGGCAUUUCAGCCAUUAAACACAAGAGAACAGCCACAAAAUUGUGGUUAUUAUCCUCAGCAACAACAAGUUACUCUUGCCCAAUUCACCGUUGAAAGUCAAAAUCCAAAACAUUCCCACAUUGGUGAAUAUCUCCGAAGCCAUCCUUUAACGGAAAGAAUGGGCAGGUGUGCAGAAAGGAGAGCUGAAAGAAGGGAAAUGAGAGAAGAAAAGAAAGGAAUGAAGCUUGUCGAGAAAGGAGCUAAAAUCAUGAUGAAAGGAGUCUCAAGGAUGGCCAAUUAA